AUGGGCGAUUUGCACGGUGAAGAGCCCGGUGAGGAUGUGUCUGACCUCCCAGAGGCCACAUCCGAAAAUUCAGAUGAUGCACCGAAAAGUCCAGAGGCAGGAUCGACAAAGGGUGACCUCAAGCGCUCCUUGCUGCGAAAAGUUGCACAGCUGACCCGGGUGGUGGCACAUCUAAACUCAAAGUCUGAUGAGCAAGAGCUAGAGUAUGCCCGUUUCCAGGAGGAAACAGAAGAGAAGAUCCGGCGAUUGUACGAAGACGCAGCUCAAAACAUGGAAGCUGAAAUUGUCAAGUUGCAAGAGCUUGCAAGCAAAACAUGUUUGCAGGAGAACUCUGCACGAUUGGAAAGCCUUUUCGGUCAGCAGAGGGCCGAGUUCGCAACAGAAGUGCGCACAUUGAAGGCCACAGCUCGGGGCAACGAGGCAUGUGUCGUGGCAAAAGCCGACUCCGACCUUGGCGUUUCCAUCCAGCAGGUCAAGGACAUAUCGCAUCGGGUCCGCCAAAGUGUGGAUGCCUACAGGGCAACUUUGCAGCGCCGCGCAGCGGAGAUGGAGCAACGAAACGAGGCCCUCCGACAGGACCGUGCAGCGGAGCUGAAGUGUGUGGAAGGUGACUUCCAACAAAGGCUCGAGGAGCUGGCGGGCUCCCUGCGCCGCGAAGCGGACCACGUGAGGCAGUCCACUGAACAGCAGCUGCUGCACAUGAAGCGGAUGCACGAGGCGGAGACGAGUUCCUGGCAAAUGCAAGUCUUGCAGAAACGCCAUGAACGGAUCCAGCGUUUGGAGCAGGAGUUUGGGGAGGAGCGACGUAUGCGUGAGCAGUCAGCGACCAACCUGGACUACGAGCUCACGCAGCAGCGCAAGGACCUCAUGGACUUCAAGGCCUCGUAUCGGCUUGUCGACCAACAGGUGGAAGCCAUGAGAGGCACCUUGGAGGAGAUGCGCCGACGCGUGCGCACUGCUCAGUCGGAUGCGGACACCGCCCGCGAGGAGGCAUCUCAAGCAGAGGCCGAUACGCAAUCCUUGGCGAAGGAAAUCGCUUUGCUGGAGGUGCGGAGGCGAGCUGCUGGUGCCCCGGCUGGAGUCAUAGCGCCUCCAAGCUCAUCUCCUGCUCCCAGACCACCUUUGAGGCCUGCGAAUGGGCUGACGGAUGAGCUCAGGGAGUCCAUUGCCAGCGCAAAGCAGCUGGAAGCUGAGGUGGCACAAACAGAUGCGCAAAUGGGCGACCUGGAGGAUGAGCUAGCAGAGAAAGACAAGACCGUUGAAAUCCUCGAAGUUGAGACAGAAGAGGAGCGGUUAAGGACUCACCGUCUUCAAGCACGCAUCCUGCAGUUGGAGGCUGCUCUGAAGACUUGA